UUCCCACUGCCCUGUGAGCCCCUGAAGGCAGCUCGGUACUUUCUCGGUGUCAUGGCGGCCCCGGUGCCCGGUCGGUGCUCGUUCUUCGUCCAAAAGAAGAACCGUUUCUGUAAGAUGGUUGUGGGGAAAGGGAAGCAGUUCUGUGGAGAACACGCCACCAUGGAGGGGGCGGGCAGCAGGAGGAUCGUGUGUCCUCUGGACCCCAAACACACAGUGGCUGAAGACAAACUGCACAAACACCUGAAGAAGUGUAACUCCAGAGAAAAACCCAAACCUGUUUAUUUUGUGGAGAACAUAAACGCAGGAUCAGCUGAUGGAGACGAGACGCUUCAUCAGGGGAGUCUGUCGGAGCGCAGCAGGUCAGAGGUGGAGUCUCUGCUGGACAAACUGAAGACGGCGGUUGAAGGUCUGCAGUGCGACCUGGAGGACAGAGUUCUGUCUCAUCUCGUUCUCCACGAUGAACUCAACAACCCAAAGAAUGGAGACUCCGCCCACAAACACCUGAAGCAGCAGUCCUCCAUCUUAGGUCACCUGGAGGAGCUGGGGCUGCUGGGAAGGGGGCGGUGCUUUGUGGAGUUUGGAGCGGGACGAGGAAAACUGUCUCACUGGAUCCAUGAGGCGCUGAAGACCCGCGACGAACUGAAGACCCGUGACGAACUGAAGACCUGCGAUGAACCAAAGAUCCGUGACGAACUGAAGACCUGCGAUGAACCAAAGAUCCGCGAUGACCUGCAGCUGCUGCUGGUGGAGCGCUGCAGCACUCGCUUUAAGGUCGAUGGGAAACAUCAGGAGGACGGCGUUCCAUUCGAGAGGCUGCAGGUCGACAUUCAGCAUCUGGAUCUGAGUAAAGUCCCUCUGCUGCGACAGAGGAGCCUCCCAUUGGUCGGAGUAGGGAAACACCUGUGUGGAGCAGCGACAGAUCUGGCUCUACGCUGUCUGCUGGAAACACCAGGUCUUGUAGAUGCGACUGAACCACCCCAGAAACGUCUCAAACCAUCUGAACCAGCUGAGCCGAGGGCAGGUGUUGAUCCAGGAAUAGCCCCAGCAGACUCUGGUCCAGGCUCUGGUCCCGGGCCAGGUACAGGUUCUGGUUCGGUGCUGGGCCUGGCGGUGGCGCUGUGCUGUCACCAUCGCUGUGAGUGGCGUCACUACGUCGGGCAGCAGUUCUUUCAGCAGCGAGGACUUGGAGCUGCUGAGUUUUCCGCCUUCUGUCGGAUGUCCAGCUGGGCCACGUGUGGACUCAGACCGACCAAUCAGGACCACACCCUGCAGGAUCCGACCAGUCAGAGAGGAGACGAUGACGAGCAUGAACCAGCAGAGGAGACGGACGCCGAUAACAGGUUUGUUGCAGCAGCAGACCGGCAGCAGGUCGGGCGUCUCUGUAAGCUGCUGAUCGAUUGCGGCAGGCGUCACUACCUGAAGACAAAAGGAUUCAGCAGCAAACUGAGUCGAUACGUCUCCACUGACGUCACCCUGGAGAACGUUCUACUGACCGCUGUACCCUCAUCAUGCUGACAUUCAGCUACAGUUCAAAGAAAAGAUUUUAUUUUGUUGUCUGGAACAGCAGCUGAAUCGUUGUGUUUUGACAUCAUCUUGGAUUUUUCUGAUCUAAAAGACCAAAUGAUUUAUCUGUUAUAGGGACCCUCUGAUUAUUUUUUUUGCCCCUGAUCUGACCAGAGUCGUUUAAUAUUAGGAAGCUGCUGAUAUAGAUUCUAUAUUAUUCAAAUCAGUACAGUGUAUCUGCUGAAUAUCUCUGCAAUGCAUGAAGAAAAAACUCAAUUUCUGUCACCAGGAACCUGUAGGUGGAACCUUGUAGUAAAGCUCCAGGAGAACAUGGUAAAUGUAGUGUUAGAGGGUAAAUGUAGUGUUAGAGGGUAAAUGUAGUGUUAGAGGUUAGGAUGUACUGAGGCUCCAGUAAACCUGUUUUCUCUACAGUGACGUCAGCAAAUGUAAAUCAGCUGUCGUACUUGGUAGUUCCUGGUUGUUCCAGCAGGUGGCGUCUCUUCCUGUUUAGAGACCAGAGGAGGCGUCACUCAGACUACAGUUCAUGGACAAAGCAGAGAGCAUUGUGGGAGUUUAGCAGCAAUGGGCACUAUGACAAAGGUUAAUGUGGUAAGUAAUAAGCUCCAACCAGAUCUCAUGUUUCCGACAAACUGGGAUCAACCAGGACAGAGUUCCUGCAUCACAACGAUUACUGACUAUGGAGACAAUUAUAAGUUAGAAUCUCACCGCAAAUUGUGCAAACUAUGGAUCAGACUGAGGUUUGAUAUCCACCAUCCCUUAUUGUUACAGUGAAACCUGCAGCUGACUUUGAUACAGAAAUCAGAAAAGCAAAGUUGUAUUUCUAAAAAAAAAAUCUCUUUAUUGUUUUACUUAAAUGCAAACCAGACUGAAUGUGUUAAAGUGUUUUGUAAAAUUUGUAUUAAAGGCUUUCAGUUUCCUGUUUCUGAA